GGUGCUGCCAUGGAAGCGGUACCUCCCUCGGGAUACACAUUUCCCACCCCUGAAGGCAGGGUACAGGACUGGUGUACACGGAUCCCCAGGUGUGGAUCCCCCAGCACCUCUUCCACUGGCUGUGAGUCCGGGUUUGGGGCAGAGCUGCUCUGUGCCCACCUGUCCCCAAGGCCUGGCUCUCGUGCUCUCCCUCUGAGUGAGCUGGGACGGGCUUCAUCCCAUGGCUGCCACAGUUGGGGCGUGCUGUUGGAGUGGAAAUCUGCCCUUGUGUGUCAGCCCAGCCCUGAGCUGAGCUCUGCACACUCAGACCGGCUGUGGCUCUGCACUGUCCCCAUGGGGACACAGAUCCACACUGGCAGCUCCUCAUGGGAGCCACCAGAGGGAAGGUGCUGGGACAGGCAGCAGGAAUUCUCCUCUGUCCCCUCCCUCCCUGCCCCUCGUGGUACGCUGACCCUGCUGGGACCAUCCCGCUUCCUGCUGGGGUACGGAGCCUUCCCUGUUCCCAGCAUCACCACCCCGCCCAGCUGUGCACAUCUGGGACCAAAAUCUCUGCUGUGCAGCCAGAGCCCCCCAGCCUCGCCCGCUGCUUGCACGAGGAGAGCUUGGCAGUGCCCCCUGGUAGGUAGUGGGUCUACCUAGGAUUUGGGGACCAGUAAGUGACCAAACUGCACCACUAACCAUUUCUUCCUUACAAAGCAUUCCCGUGCCCUGGAAUCUCUGUACAUACGUGACUCUCUCAUUUCUCAUCCUGCCGUUAGGACACUCGUACAAAUACCACUCGUUCUCUGAAAUGGAACCAAUAAAUUAUGUUGUAUUUACACAGCACA